GUGCGCUCAGGGGGUAUUUCAAACAUCAGAACCCCAACUACAAAUGACUCAAUCUCAAUAGAAUCCACAUUUCUAUGACGGCCCUGUGCAUUAGUGAGGUCGGCUCUCCGUCUCCGUCGCCGCGCGCCUCUCCAGCGCGCAACAGCAACGGGUUUUACGCGCCCCCGGAGAGAAGAGGAAACCCCGUAGCGGUGCCUUGGGCGCGUCGGGAUGAAAGCCGAGCUCCGUGCCACAUCUUCCACGGAACGAUACGAGCCUGUGCGCCGGGAACCGGGGGCAUGAGCGAGUAAAUAAGGAGAACCUAUCUUUAAAACAGGAAGAAAAAAAAGAAAGGAGCAAAGGCCACCUUUACGCAAUUCUGCUUAAACUCCACAUCUUUGUUUCUUCUUCCACAAGGAGUCGGGAGGAGCGUCAGCAUCUUGAGUUACUCUCCAGUUGCAUUUGUACAGAGCAGUAACAGUAGGAGGGGGUGUGAAGUGAAAGACUACUGUGAGUUAACGGUUAAGUUGAUUUUUUUUUUCGGGGGGGGGGUGGGACUGUUGGUGACGCCGAGAAGUGGGACCGCGGACUUUUCUCAGGACAAAAACAACAACCAUUACUCCUAAAAGAGGAGCAGAGGAAGGCGAGCGGUCGACGACGUGGGGCAGUGAGAGCGCCGGGAGCACAGGGGAGAAGUGAAAAGGAGAAGGGAGAGCCACCCGCCGAGCCAGCCGCCCGCCCGAGAGCGAGAGCUGUGACAUGGGGAAGCAGAACAGCAAGCUGAGGCCCGAGGUCCUGAACGACCUGAGAGAAAACACGGAGUUCACUGACCACGAGCUGCAGGAGUGGUACCGCGGUUUCCUCAAGGACUGUCCCACCGGCCACCUCACCGUGGAGGAGUUCAAGAAGAUCUACGCCAACUUCUUCCCCUACGGCGACGCCUCGAAGUUCGCCGAGCACGUCUUCCGCACGUUCGACACCAACGGCGACGCCACCAUCGACUUCAGGGAGUUCAUCAUCGCGCUGAGCGUGACGUCCCGCGGCGGGCUGGAGCAGAAGCUGCGCUGGGCCUUCAGCAUGUACGACCUGGACGGGAACGGGUACAUAAGUCGAGCGGAGAUGCUGGAGAUAGUUCAGGCCAUUUACAAGAUGGUGUCGUCGGUGAUGAAGAUGCCCGAGGAUGAGUCGACACCAGAGAAAAGGACAGAUAAGAUCUUCAGACAGAUGGACAUCGACAAUGAUGGUAGACUGUCUUUGGAGGAGUUCAUCAAAGGUGCCAAGAGCGAUCCGUCCAUCGUGCGACUGCUGCAGUCGGAUCAGGGAGCCUCUCGCCAGUUCUGAGGACAGAGACAUUAACACACACGCGCACACACCCUCUCUGCAACACGUGCACACCCUCGUCAUUCCAGCUUGGUGCUGUCCAACGCCUCUCACCAAACAACCCCUUUGAUUUCAACACUCCACUGUCUUCAUGUUUACAUUACUGGAUAAUUGAUUUCCGUCAAUGUGGCUCCUCCUCUGUGGAUUAGGACACGCUCUUCACUUGUGUGCAUGGUUUUUCCAUGAAGCUCUCUCGCCCUUGCCGUGCCAUAUCAUAUAUUUAUACUGACUGGAUUAUAUGCUUGCAAGUAUUAUGACUCCUACUAUGUUACAUUAAGGGGAAAACUAAUUACGUCGUCACUUGGUAUAAUUUGAUUGGUGUUGACAAGUGGCUUACGGUCGUUCAGGAUAUCACCAGUUAAUUGACCUGUUGUUAUUCCGAACCAGCUCUAUAUGCCGUUGGUAUUUGCAUGCGCUCAGUGAUAUGCGCUUUUUUCUGACGUUGUAACAGUUUACGUGAAUUAAGGAGGCCGUGAUCCGUUUUUAUUCCUUUUUAUUUUUGUAACAAAAUGUCAUUUUGUUUCCACACAAUUGAAAUAAAAGUCGUGUAAGAAAAAUAUA